AUGCCAAUUGAUCGGAGCCGCUGCACCAGCAACGACAAUCGUGCUUCAGACAGGCCCACCAUGGUUGUUGAAAUCGGUCAGAAAGAGAUCGAAAUCCAGGAAGGAUAUGUCGGCAAUCUGACGCAGGAGCAGGAAGGCAAGCUUCAAGAGCUUUGGAUGAAGUUCUUGGAAGUCUGUGAGAAUGCUUCCGACGAUGAUACCGAUGCAGAAGCUAAAGGAAAGAGCGGCGGAGACCUGGGUGGCUGGGACGAGAACAAGUCCGGCCCAGAAGGCGCCGGCAUCCCUAAGGACGACAAGGCCAAAGACGAACUCAAGGCUCGUGAAGAGCAAGCCGCCCUCGACGAGCUUCUCAAUACCUACGGAGCUUCGGCGCUUCGAAACACCUUUUGGAAGUUUGUCAAGAUGGACAAUCCCGACACGGACGUGCUGCGAUUCCUGCGAGCUCGAAAGUGGGACGUCUCGCGUGCCUUUGCCAUGAUGGCCGGUUGCAUGAAGUGGCGUCUCGACAACAACGUCGAGGAGCUUGCCGAGAAUGGCGACUUGGGCAACGCAAAGAUCGAAAAAUUCCUCGACCAGCAGCGAAGUGGCAAGACCUACGCUAUGGGUACCACGGACAACGAGCAGCCCAUCUGCUAUAUCCACGUCAAGAAGCAUUUGACUUGGGGACAGCCAGGAGCCUCAAUGUCCAAGUACGUCAUCUACGCCAUGGAGUCGUUCCGUCUGCUCAUGCAGCCUCCCAACGACAAGGUGGUGCUCUUGUUCGACUUGACUGGGUUUGGUCUCAGGAACAUGGACUGGAACUGUAUUCUCUUCAUCGUCAAGUGUCUUGAGGCCUACUACCCCGAAUCGCUCGGCACGCUCUACAUCCACAACGCACCUUGGAUCUUUUCGGGCAUCUGGAAGCUUCUGGGACCCAUGCUUGAUCCUGUCGUUCGAAGCAAGGUCAAAUUUACCAAGAAGCCAGAGGACCUGGAUCUUGUGCCCAAGGAGCGUCUCUUGUCCAACAUGGGAGGCAACAACACGAGCGAGUUCGAGUUCGUCGAGCCCGAAGAGGGUGAAAACGACCAGACCAAAGACGAGGAGGGCAAGAAGAGAACGUGGAACAACUAUAUGAAGAUCGCCAAGGAGUACGAGCAAGUGACGCGGAAGUGGUGCGAGACCAAGGGCAAGGAUGAGGAGGUGAACAAGAAGCGGGAGCUGCUCGUCAAGAAACUUCGCGUUGCUCAGUUUGAGCACGAACCCUACUUCCGUGGCAAGACCGUGUACCACCGCGAUGGCACUAUCGACGGACAAGGUGUCGUCACAUGGAACUACAAGCAGAAGGACGGCGAGACGAUCCGACACGUUGUCGGUCGCAAGGCUUGCGUGGCAACGCUGAAGAAGGAGAUCGAGGAGAUCGAAGGCGGCGCUGAUCCUAAGGAGGUUGAGGAGCAUGUCGGCAAAAAGGCCGACGAGCAAGCAAGCAGUGGUGGCGGUGAAGCUGCGGCUGGUGCAGCUGCUGGUGCCGCCGCCGGUGGUGCUGCUGCCGCCGGUGCUGCGGAUGAUGGCGAUGAUGCAUUCCACGAGGCACCCGUUGCUUCAAAGGCAGACACGACAAAAGCGUUGGACGCUGACACCGAGAAAGUCAUCUCUCACGACGAGGAGGCUGCUAAAACGGCGGACGCUGCUGCCAACGGCAACGGUCACGCAAACGGCGCCGCCAACGGUGGCUCGCCUAACGGCAAAGCAUCGCAGAAGUCUGGCCCCACCGACUACAGCAAAGAUGAUUCGGAUGGUGCCAGCCUGAAGAAGGUCAAAUCGAUCAAGCAGUCGGGGAUGGCCAAGCUCAACCAUUCCGAAACGCUUUCACUCCGCACUCAUCCCACCGUCGACGCACAGGAUCCGGCUUCAACCAAGCUUCGCAGCCUCCCAAGCAUCGUCGCACAAGACUAUGGCAUGACCGUCAAGGCUGCUCGACCGACAAGGUCGUCGUGGUCGACCUUCUUGGUCAGACCAAGGCCUGCUUCUCGGGCAAGAACAGGUUCCUUUGCCGCUGGCUUCCACGACUUCCAGCCAAGCAAGGCAGUUCACGCAGGCAGGAAGGACGUUGCCGCUCGAUGGACCACAAGGGAUCCUUCAAAAGGUUUUUCUGCACCAUCUGAUCAUGCUUCACAACUUCAACGGCUCUACCUUUCUAUCUCUCCACCAAGACCAAGAAGUACGAUCCGAGACAAGAUGGCACCCAUCGCAGUCUCGCCAAAAGCGGCGCCAGCUGUACCUUCCGGCAAGCGAAACGACAAAAAGAUCAGCGACAAGCAGAGCAAUGAUGCACAGGUCAAGUUUGCAUCGUUCGAUGUGACCGAUCAGGCCUUCUACCGCUCAGCAGACGCCUCUUGCUCUGCCAUCGUCAACCUCAAACCCAUUGUUCCGGGACACGUUCUGGUUAUCCCCACCACGCCAUACCACAGACUAGCCGAAGUUCCCGCAGACAUCGUCGCUGCUCUGUUUCAGAGCGUCCAGGAGAUCUCCAAGGGGCUGGAAAGGGUGUUUGAGGCCGAUGCCCUGACGGUCAGUAUCCAAGAUGGCGAAGCGGCUGGUCAAACGGUUCCUCAUCUGCAUGUCCACAUCUUGCCACGCAAAGCAGGAGAUAUCGAGCCAAACGAUCUCGUGUAUGCGCACCUUGAACAGUGGGGCUUCGAUACCAAGAAGCUGCUCAACAAGGACGAACCGCUGAAGGUCGAUGCUGACGAGGACAGGAAGCCAAGAUCGAAGGAAGAGAUGCGCAAGGAAGCUACUUUCUUGAGCUCCUUCUUUACCGCCGAUGGCAAGUUCGAUGCCGCAAAGCUCGAGACAUCACAAUCGAAAACAAGCAAGCGGGUUUCAGACGCUAUCGCUCCGGCUAAGCAGAAGCGAUCCAGGGUCGAUCGUCUCCCGGUGACGCUGCUCAGUGGAUUUUUGGGGGCGGGCAAAACAACGCUUCUUGAACACAUCCUUACCUCAAGAGACCAUGGUCUCCGCGUUGCUGUCGUCGUCAACGACAUGGGCGCGCUCAACAUCGACGCAUCCCUUCUGUCCAAUCACCGCGUAACUCAAGCAGAAGAAAAGGUGGUGCAGAUGCAGAACGGCUGCAUCUGCUGCACCCUCCGUGGUGAUCUGCUCGAAGAGGUCGCGGCUCUAGCCGAAAACCGAGAGAUCGACUACCUUCUCAUCGAGAGCACAGGUAUCUCUGAGCCGAUGCAAGUGGCCGAAACGUUCUCAGAAGAGUUUGCCGACAUGUACACGCAGAUGGCCGACGAUCUCGAAGACGAGAUCCGCGCCGACCCGCAGAAGAAGGCGGAGCACGAGAAGGUGGCCAAGAUCCUCAAGCAAGGUGGCCUUCCCGCUGUCGCACGCCUCGACACCUGCGUCACGGUCGUCGACGCAGUCAACCUGUUCAACGACUACAACACCGUCGAUUUCCUCGUCGACCGUCACAAGGAUGACCACGACGUACCCGAAGAAGACGAUCGCAACAUCUCCGACCUUCAGACCGACCAGCUGGAAUUCGCCAAUGUGAUCCUAAUUAACAAGUGCGAUCUGGUGAGCAAGGAAGAGGUGGACAAGGUGCGAGCUUUCAUCCGGCUCCUCAAUCCGGACGCAAAGAUCAUUCCAACCACGCGCAGCCGUAUCGACCUGAAAGAGAUCCUCAACACCAACCUGUUCAGCUACGAGAAAGCUGCCUUGGGAGCUGGCUGGCUCAAGAGUCUCAACGAAGAGAUCAAACCCGAAACGGAAGAAUAUGGAAUCGGCAGCUUUGUAUACAAAGCACGAAGACCGUUCCACACCGCUAGGUUGUGGGAGACGAUCCGCGAGGUAUUUGUAGUUAUUCAGAGCGAGUACAUCGACGACGGCGAGGACGAGGAUGAAGACAUGGAAAACGACGAAGCUGCCGAAGACGAUAGCGGGGACGAAGAAAUGGAGGACGAAGCGGAAACCGACAACGACGUCGAAGCUCAACCUCAGCUCAACCCUCAAGCCCGUCUAGAAGCCAAGAACGCCAGCGAGACGUUCGCGCCUCUGCUUCGAUCCAAAGGAUUCGUCUGGCUAGCUACACGACCUUUGAUGUUCGGCGAGUGGUCACAAGCAGGAAUCAUGCUCACUCUUCAAGGCGGUGCACGAUGGCGAUGCGAGCUGGACGCUGAUAUGUGGCCUCAAGAUAAGGAGAUUGUAGAGGCAAUCAAGAAGGACUUCCAGGCACCGUGGGGUGACAGGAGGCAAGAGGUCGUGUUGAUCGGCAAGAGCAUGCGCGACGGCGGCGAGGAGAGGCUGCGCGCUGCGCUCGACAAGUGUCUCCUCACAGACGAGGAGAUGAAGCAGUGGGAGGAUAUCAUGAACGAUCCGAGCCUCCAGGACGUCCAGGACAAGCAGCACAGACUGCAAGAGAUCUUUGAGGAUGGGUUUGAGGACUGGCCCGAUCACGAAGAUCCAGAGGCUCAUGAAGGUCACAAUCACUAG